UUUUUCUUUUUUGUCAUAUCUUUAUUGCGCAUUUCGAAUUUAGUACAAAAAUCUCCCGCGCCGAGUUUGGUAACACUGACAAAUGUGAUCAGCUGUUUUGCACGUGUUGUGUUUUAUAUCGAGUUUUUACCUGUUGCACAAAUUUAACAAAAAAAGGAAAAUGUUUAAUUUCAAACCAAGUGAUUUUAUGAAUCAAAUACAAACCCAGGCAUUUGGUGGUGAACAAAAUAGUUUUUUAAAAUGUUUUUAUCCAAAUAAAUGUCACGUUUGUCAUCGUCUUGACAAUAAAGAAAAUCCACUAAAGAGAUGUUCCAGUUGUCAAUUAAUGACUUACUGUGGAAGAGACCAUCAAUUAAAAGAUUGGAAAAUGCAUAAAGAUUUUUGUAAAAUUCUCAAAGAAAAAGGUGGACCAGAAAUGUUUAGUAGUCUAAAGGAAUUAUGUGAUCCAGUGAAUGCUUCAAAUGAUAUGAAAUUUCAAUUAUUAAGACAACGUGUAAUGCAGAAGAAAAUAAUAUUUGGACAAUUAGUUAAUAAAUUGAAGAGACCGCCCUUCCUCUACGAAAUGGAAAUGAUUAUGUAUCCGAGAAUUUGUUCAGUAUGCUAUGAAAACGAUCAAUCAUUGUUGACAAGUUGUUUAAAUUGUCCACAAGUCAGUUUUUGUAAGAAGCACAAAAACGAUCCAGCGCAUUUAAAAAUUUGUCAUCUAUUUAAACGUGCUUGUGAGAUGAAUGUUUCGGAUCCACAACUGAUUGCCUAUUUUCUAAUGGAAGUGAAACAAUUUAAAACACUUGUAUUGCAUUCACAGAAGAGUGGUACACGCCUUCCGAAUUCAAUGGAGAAUUUCUUGACAAACGAAUCGUGUAUCAAAGUAAAACGAACUUCCAAGCAUGAGACAAUAAUGUCGAAAAAUAUUUGGGAAAUUUAUUUAGCCGAUUCACUUUGUCCUCCGUUAACAAUUUUGUAUGCUUUGGAAAAAUUGCAAUUUUCCAGCUCUUCGAAUUUAACGAUUCACUUGAUGGGUGCAACCGAUGACGAGAUAAGAAAACCAAUUUGGGAAUUAAUACUGCACUGGCUACCGGAAGUGAUUAAUUUAAAUAUCACAUUCAUUGGUCCUGAAAUCAGUGCCAAUUGUGAAAUUCCAAAGGGAAAUUUGUGCUCAUCUUGUAUUAAAAGAAAGGCACAUAUGAAUCUUCAGAUUAGUACGGAAUUUUAUCAAAGUUUUAUGAAAUCGUCCAACUAUGUAACACCGAAUUUUCUAGUCGCCUACAAUGCUGGACUUCAUGCCUAUCCAACUUGGUAUCAAGCUAUUGAAUUGGUAGUGAGACUUCGUUGUCCUUUUAUACAGACGUCCUUCACGGAAAUAGAAGCCGAUCAGGAUCAUAAAAUGAUUAAAAGGAUUGUACCUGAAGUGAAGUAUUUCUAUUUUGGACCUAAUCCAUUUGCGAGCUAUAAAUGCGAGAGGAACAGUGAUGACGAACAAAUAUUUGCACGCAGCGAAUAUCUAACCAUUUACGAUAUCAAAUAAAGGAAUUGUUCUGACGAAAGUGAUGAAAAAGUUUUAAAAACCUAUUUAAAACUUAAAAGGAUUAACAAAGACAAAAGAGAAAUUGUUAUUCCAUUAUUCAGUGAUGAAACUAUUUGUAAGUGCCUUUAAUUAUUAAAUUAAGAUAUCGUAUUUAUAAAAAAAAUAGAGUACAUACCAUAGUAUUGAAAGUAUUUUCCAUUGUACUAUAAAUUUUUUUAUUUUCAUAUUUGACAAAGAAAAGUAUCUAUAUUGUACACAAGAAUCUUUAUUUUUUUAUGUUUUGUAAAUUAAGCGCAUAGUUUCUAAAACAUUCGUUCUACGUAUUUUGUAAACUUACUAAUUUUUAAAUUAUUUUCAAAAAAUAAAUUCCAUGAACGGAAAUUGUUAUUAUUAGUAAGUUUAUUAACCAAAUCGUAAUCACCAAAUCACCAAUGAUUAAUAAAUAUUUUUGAACUA